AUGGAAAAUGAGCGUAAACCCGUGGUGACGGGCUACCCCACGGCGGCGGUGCCGCCGAUCUACACCCAGGCCGGGGCACAACCUCUAGGGCAACCCUAUCCCUACCCGCCCCCUCUGUACUUUCCCCCGCCGCGGCCACCCUCCGGCCCGUACUACGCCCCCUCAGCUGCAUAUGGAGGCAACGGCGGCAGUCUCUUCGUCCGCCGCCUGAUCAUCAUCUCCAUUGUUGUCUUCCUAGCCUUUGGAUUUGCUACAUUAGUCCUCUGGCUGGUCCUCCGUCCGAACCUGCCCCUUUUCGCAAUCUCCUCCGCGUCGGUGUCCUCCUUCAACGUUUCUGGUGGCCAGCAGUUCUCGGCGAAAUUCAACCUGAGCAUUUCGGUUCGCAACCCUAACAGGAAGAUGGGGAUCCUCUACGACAAGAUCGAGGCGCGCGUCCUCUACCAGUCGGAAACUCUUUCGGAGACGUCCUUGGCGCCCUUCUACCUGGAGAAGGAGAACUCCACGGUGGUGCCAGCCAGUUUUGAGUCAGUCGCCAAGUACCUGGAAGCUAAUGCCUGCGACGGCAUUGCCAGGAGCAGAUCAUCCAAUGGCGGGGUCGUCGUUUUCCGUGCGACGUUCGUAUCAUGGGUUAGGUUUAGGUCAGGGACGUGGACGACGAGGAAGCACCUACUGAGAGUAUUCUGUGACAACGUCAGCAUCAGAUUGUCCAAUGCCACCGCCGCCGUUGGGUCUCUAGUGGGUCCGCCACAACCGUGCCAUGUGUAUCUCUGA